CAUUCCAUCGCCAGCCUUCCCCUAACUACCUUACCUGCCUGCCUGCCAUUUUACCCACCUGCCCACAGAGCAAGAUGCGCAGCGGUGUGUUCGUGGCCGUGCUGGUGCUGGUGGUCCUCGCUGCCCUCCUCACCCAGGGACAGCAGCUUCAUGUCCCGGAGCGUGAGGCCGUGGCCACCCUGGCGGCACGCAUCCUGAAAGUGGUCCACGCUCCGCAGGACGCCGCAGCAGCUCUCCCUCACAAACGCAACUCUGAACUCAUCAACUCGCUGCUCGGCAUCUCUGCGCUCAUGAACGAGGCCGGCAGGCGGUGAUGGCCGCGCCCUUCGCUCCCUUCAAACAGACCUGUUCAUUUUAACACAUCUCGCAUCACAUAUUUAAUGAAUAAACAUUAAAUACAGUUA